GAGGGAGGGGGUGAGUUGCCUGGUGGAAGGGACUGAAAUGUCCUUCAUAUAAACCGGUGACAAAGUGGCGAGCAGCGGCGUCCGGGCAGCAGAGAUCACAGCCAGCACAGAGAGCAAGGAGGAGACCGGAGCACCGAGCACCGAGCACCGCGUACAGGCGCUGGAUCCACAGCAACACACACCGGGGAGACGCAGAGAAAACACUCACCAACAGAAAAGCAUCGAAACAGAGAAAACUAAUCCGGACGAAGCAUCCUUUACCCCACCGACAGACCUGUUUGUGGCUGUAGAGAUGGGUGUCACCUCUCGCCCUCUCGCGCAAACCAAAUAUGCGCUUAUGGUUUGCGCAUAUUUGGCGGCUGCGCUGAUUGGUGGAACCCGCACGGAGGGGGUGUGUCUUCAAGACGGCAAGCACAAGACCACGCCCAGCCCAGAGCCACAACUGACGGAGUGUGGGCUGUAUGCCGACAAUAGCUGCUGCACAGAAGAAGACAUCCAGGAUAUCUCUCAUGUUCCAUCUGCUAAUAAUAAGAAUGAACCCUGGGACAAAUGUGGGCCUCUGAGCUCUGAGUGUGAAGGCUUCCUGAAGCGCGUGUCGUGUUUUUACCGCUGCUCCCCUGAUGCCGCGCGCUGGCCUCAUCCCCAUCGCCGCUCAUACAUCCAGGCCGUGCCGCUCUGCCACAGCUUCUGCCGUGAUUGGUUUGAUGCCUGCAGGAUGGACAUGACGUGUGCUCGUAACUGGGCCAGAGACCCCAGGGGACAGAACUGCACUGGAACCUGUGUUCAGUAUCAGCAGAUGUACCAGCACGGCAGGGAUCUCUGCGAGAGCCUGUGGGGGGACGCCUUCAUGACAGUGGAGGAUGAGCCAGAGGAGGUGGGAGAGGCCGGAGAGAUUGGAGCGGAGGGUGACGGCGGUCGCCCCUGCGGCUGCCUGACCCUCAGUCCCUCGGACAAGGACGUGAUCGCCGCCCUCAGGGCCCAGCAGGAUGACCCGGAGGAGCUGGAUACCACCAAGACUGGCCUGCCUCAGUACCGGGCCCCUUGCCAGACCAAGCUGCCCCUGCAGGCCAGGAGCGGCAGGAAGGGGAACUCUGUGCUGCGUAAACGCUCAGUCAUGGUGGACGACGUGGAGGGGAGUGGGAGCGGCCUGUAGAGAGUGGAGUGAUAGAUGGCAGUAUAUUUAGAGAUAAUUGUCUAGAUCCUAAUAUACAAAACUCUGUCUCUUGAAAUGGAGUUGUAACCUUGUUCCCCUAACUAACCUUACCACACAAACCUAAGCUCUCAUUAUCAUUAUCAUCACAUUCUACAUUUAGUCUCAAUGGUUUUAAAUAAUACUAUAACUGGUAAAAGAUAGACUGACAAGCUUGUAACACUUCCAGUAAACACCUGGUCAGUUAUUUGAACAAUCUAAACAGCCAGGACAGACAGGAAAAAGAACAAUUCCUAUUAAAGAUAACACAACUGAAUUAGACAGUAUAUUCUAAGAGAAGGCAAAAUCCUCAAUUCCGCAAGGGCUCUGACUUCAAUAAUAAAAAUAUUGAUAAAAUCCCAUAAUAGCUGCACAAAUGUUUUAUUGCCAGCUAACAAGGUGAUUUUUUUUAUUUUAUUUUAUUUUUUUUUUACACAAGAUCUUUGUCAAAGUCAGGUAUUUUAUUUGCUUUGUAUGGCUCAGUAAAACACAUUGACAUUAUGAUAUGAGGUGUGUGAAGUCUUGCACAUGGGAAAUGUAAAGUCCUGUAGUAUUAGCGCUUGUGCAUGAAUCAAACAUGUCAUCACUAACCAGGGGACUUUUCAUGACAGUAUUGUAAACAUGAUGUACCUGCACCAGUACUUCACUACCUUGCUACUCUUUUCAAUCAUCUAGGUGACUUUAAUCUGUGCAUUGGUCAGUUGUUAAAUGCAGAUCAUACUGUUGUGAUGCCAUUUCGUGCAGUCUACAUGUCAUAAGGUAUACAGUAUGAGAGUGGAGAAGGUCACGCAGAGUAAUGAUAAUAAUGAAUGUAACUUAGGCUUUUUAACAGAGACUACUGUCCUGAAGGGAUUUGGUAUGAUGAUGACAAUAGAGAGGUAUGCUUCAUAUCUGAGGGAAGGUUUAAUAUUCAGAAACAAAAUCUGCCUACCAGAGUAGAUCCGCAGAGGCAGCAGUCAUACCAGCUAAGGUUGUUCUGGCAGUUUGAUCAUGUAUAUCACCGAUGUACUGUGGAUGUUUCUUUUAUAAUUAAGUCAUGUAUUUCUAGAGUGAGGCACUGUUACAUGUAAAUGUUUUGUAAAGGGAAACUGAUGAAAUGAUGUUUCUGUGGUUUUUGUUCUCAAUAAAGACAACAUUUCUAAAUGCCA